AUGGUGGCUGGUCAAAAGUUUUAUGUACGUGGUGGAGGUCGGUGGCGUGAAAUUGAUACAUCUACAGGACGAAUAGCAGGUUGGGGCCCUGUACAAUUUGUAAGCGUUCGGCGCGGGAGACUGCAAUUGGCGCGGAAAAAUUUAGUUCUACGCGGUUUACGAGCCCUAGCAUGCGGUAGACCCACAUCUGUACAGGAUGGCCCCCAACUUUCAAUACAAAUAAGAUGUGACAAAACCCAAGGUAUCGAGAAAGCACAGCAAGAGCUCAGUGAGCCCAAGUCACAUAAUCAUCAACAUUGCUGCCAUCAUAAUAUCCAUUGUAAUCCGGAUGCUAUUUUUAACAGUAUAUUAAAGCCGAUAAAAAGCACAGUGGCUGUACAGUGUACUAUCAGUAGCCCAAGCAGUUUGAAUCAACCAAUAAAUACAAAUUAUAAUAAAGAAAACAAAGAAAGAGCAGCCAAACGCAAUAGAUUAAGUAGUGAUGAGAGUGAUGUAUCUAGCAACAGAGUUACUUGUAAAAAAAAAGAAACUAAUAACCAACUUAGUUCACUACCGCAAAAACAAUCUGAACGACCUGAAUGUAAAGAAUUAUUAAUUACCGAAGAAGAUAUCCUCUUGAUAAGAUCUUUUAUAGAGCAUGAUGAUGAAAAUCUUUUUGAUGUAGACUUAGAAAAAUUCGAUAGUGACGACUUUUAUAAAUGCUCAGUGUUUUAUAAGCUGAAUCCUUUAGUGACUGUAGAGAGGAGCAAGUUAAUUGCUGAUAUGUUACAAAGGAGAAAUUCAAUAACUUCAUCUGUGUCUCUCAGAGAUUUCAUAACGAACUUAGGCCUCCAAAGGGUUGAAGAAGCUAGUCAAGCUAGCAAUAAGUACAGAAUUCGUCGACGGAAACCCGUUCAAAACCAUUCAAGUGAUAGUGAUUUUGAUAAAGAAAAUAUAAAAAAAAGUGUUAUAUCAACAAAAUUAAAAAAACGUAGUGACUUAUUAGGAAAAAAAUACAAUGGAGUUGUAAGAAGAGAUCCUGUGACUGGAAAAUUUAGGUCGGCUAAAAAAUUAUUGAGGGAAAUGAGGUCAAAACAACAAGUGAAUGAAUCAGUGAAAACGAAUCAUUCACCUAAAGUGAAUGAUAGGGCAAAAGUAAAUGAGUCGCUUAAAGUGAAUGAGUCAGUUAAAGUGAAUGAUAAAGUAAAACUAAAUAAUUCAGUCAAAAUUAAUGAUAAAGCAAAUGUGAAUGACAAAGCAAAAGUGAAUGACAAAGCAAAAGUGAAUGACAAAAUAAAAAUGAAUGAUAAAGUAAAAGUGAAUGAUAAAGUAAAUGUGAAUGACAAAGCAAAAGUUAAUGAUAAAAUAAAAGUGAAUGAUAAAGUAAAAGUGAAUGAUAAAGUAAAUGUGAAUGACAAAGCAAAAGUGAAUGAUAAAAUAAAAUUAAAUGAUAAAGUAAAAGUGACUGAUAAAGUAAAAGUGAAUGGCAAAGUGAAAGUGAAUGAAGGUGUUAAAGGAAAAGAAACAGUAGAAAUAAGCGGUAGUGAGGAUAGAAAACGGUUGUACAACAGUGGGAAUGCGCCGAGGCGAGAGUAUAGCCAAGCGGAGGACGUGGCCUUAGUGCAAUGGGUGCUGGAGGAGGGAAGGGCUAAAUAUGUCAACGGUAACCAAAUAUGGCGGGAGUUGCAACUUGUACACCAUAAGAAAACUGGACGUUUUCGGUCAUGGCAUUCGCUUCGUAACCGCUAUCUUCGAUAUUUGCUGCCAACAUUGGGCAAUUUGGAGAUACCGGCGGAAGAAGCAGCGCGUUUGCGAGCCGCGGCCGCUGCUGGAAAUCUAAAGGAGCGGAAACAAACUCUUUUAGUUAAGGAGAAACGUGUCAUCAGCGCUUGGUCCCAACGACCCCGCCCACUCCCACGUGAGUCCCUCUCCCCUACCAAAAAUCAAUUAUCCCCAAACCCUUCCAAAUCUAGCCGUGACUCUACAACAAACCAAACAUCCUCAUCUCCCACCCCUUCUAAAUCUAGCAAUGAUAUAGAUUAUUCGUCGUAUUUAAAUCGAAGUCUGUCAAAAAAUCAAAAUACAGGAUCUCGAGGAGAUAAAGUUACAAGAACAUUACGAUCGAGUGCAGUCGGGACUCCCCCCACACGCACACACAAACGAGCGAACGACACCCACACACCAACUUAUUCAGAACUGACUAGAAGAUACGCUUUAAAACAUUCUACUCCUGAUUCUGAUACGUCCAAUUUUAGUAAUAUUAGCAAAGAUAAAACUAAUCGACAAACACGGUUAAGCAUGCGACGAAAAACUAAUGACCGAAAAGAAAAUGAUACUAGUGAUGAUUUUCAACAGCGAAAAAGUUCACGUAGUGACCCAAAAAAAUCUAAAAACGACACAAGUCUCAAUUCAAACCGACAAGCAAAACGUUUGCGUCCUAGUAAAAAUAGCGACACAACUGACCGACAUGACUCACAGACUGAUACAAGUGAUAUAAGUGAUACAGAACAACCGAUAAAAAAGCUCAGAUCAAGUCGUAUAAACACAUCUGACCGACGAGAUUCGAAGGCCGACAAAAGUGACCGACCACGAACUCGCCGACUCUAUAAUCCAAACGCUACU